AGUGCACUGUACUGUACGAAUCACUAAUAGUAGAGUAAAGGAUUAUAGAAAUUAUACAUCUAGUAAUAAUUUCAUUUUAAUUUAAUUCUUUUAAAUAUUGAUUACUACACUACUUUAUUGACAUUCGUAUAUUUUAAUCUUGAUUUUAUUGGAAUAUUUUACCUAACUACGCUUUUUUUUAUGUUAGAAUUUGUUAUUCAAGCAAAAAAGAAUCUCGUCAAUUGUGAUAAUUCCUGACAUAAAUUGAUAUGGAAAACUCUAAACAAAUUGGUAAAUAUAACGUUAAAUUUUUUCAUUGAGAAAAAUCAGGAUAAUUAGUUCAAUAGAUUGUAGUUUGAAUGACGAUAUAAACUUUUCUUUUUGAACAUUUUAUAUAUUGUACUAAAAUUAAAAGUCUACUUUUUCUGUAUUUGUUAACGUGUAUUAUUAUAUAAUAGUUACAUUAUUUUAUUAUUGUAUUCAUUCUCAUAUAUAAAUUUAUAUAUACUAAUAUAUAUACAGUAUAUAUAUAUAUAUAGUAUACAGUCUACACCAUACAUUAAUUUAUUAGUAUAUUUUACCAUAUUUAGUUAUUAUUUCACUUGUUAAGCUUAAUUUUUGACUGAUUUUUUGUUUGUUUUACAGUUCGAAGUUAUCGACUAAUUUGUUCUUAUAGAUUGAUUUUAGCUGCCAUAAUAUUCUUAUGUCUUUUGAAUCUUUAUUUACAAAGAGUGGGAAUGAGUGUAGCCAUUGUUUGUAUGGUUAACCAUACAGCUAUUAAACAAUCCUCUGAAGCGAAUGCGUCGACCCUAAAUUCGUCACUGUGUCCUGGUUUAUCAGUUAAUGAGUCAAAUCCUACAAAAGACGGGCCUUUUGAAUAUGAUAAACCUCAGCAAGGACAUAUUUUAGGAGGCUUUUUUUAUGGCUAUCUUAUCAGUCAAAUCCCAGGAGGCAUAUUAGCUGAAAAAUUUGGCGGGAAAAAAGUUUUUCUAAUUUUCUCUUCUAUUUCGACAUUAGCAACUAUUCUGACUCCAAUAGGAGCUCAUUUAGGUUUCGGAUAUUUGAUAGCAUUAAGAGUUUUAGUUGGUUUCGGAUCGGGAGCCGCCUUUCCAACAAUGCACGCAGUAUGGGGAAAAUGGGCACCCCCUCUUGAGAGAUCAAAAUUAGUAUCUGUGUCAUACGGAGGUGCAAUGAUGGGAUCAGUUUUGGCUCUUCCUCUGUCUGGUGCUCUUUGCGAGUAUGGAUAUGCCGGAGGAUGGCCGUCUAUUUUCUAUACAACAGGAAUAACAACGAUCAUCUUUCUUAUUAUCUGGCUGCUUUUCGUUAGUGAUACUCCACAGAAGCAUAAAUUGAUUACAGAGGAUGAAAAAUUUUAUAUAUCAAAUAGUCUAAAAGGACAAGUAUCUGAAAAAUCGAACAAGGGUAAAACACCAUGGUUCGAAUUUCUUAAAUCGCGAGCUGUAUGGGCUAUUUGUGUUGCAAAUUUUACGUCUGAUUGGGGAUUAUAUACUUUUCUUACCAAUAUUCCUACCUUUUUACAUGAAGUUUUAAAAUUCGACAUUGAAUCGAACGGAUUAUUUUCUGCUUUACCAUGGAUAGGGCUGUGGAUAAAUAUGACUAUAUCUCCAAUUAUUGCGGAUAAAUUGAUUUCUACCUCUAAACUUUCUGUUCAGAAUACUAGAAAGUUAAUGAACUCAAUCGGCGGAAUUGGCUCGGCAGCAUGUUUAGUUGGGGUUGCUUUUACGGAUUGUAGAAGCUAUUUCCUCGCUAUAGCCUUAUUGACAUUAGGAGUAACUUUGAGUGGAUCUCAUUAUUCGGGUUUCUUGGUAAAUCACAUGGAUAUUGCUCCUAAAUAUGCCGGAACAUUAUUUGGAAUUUCUAACAUGAUAGGAUCGAUUUCUGGUUUUGUAGCACCAACAUUGGUUGGUAUAAUUACUAAAGAUCAAACAAAAGCCCAAUGGAUGAUUGUAUUUUUCCUUUCGGCUGGAGUGCUGGUUUUUGGUUCCGUUGUCUUUAUCAUAUUCGGCAGGGGAGACCUGCAAAAGUGGGCUGAAGAGAAGGAAGAUAAAAAGCCAGACAUAGAGUUGAAAACUAUGCUUUAG